CGCAAUAAAUUUGAUCACGUGACAAUAACAUCUUAUCCUGUCAGCCAAAAUGGCGAAACCUAAGCUAGGCUUUGUUAUUAGUAUUUCAGUGCUGUUUUUUAGUUGUUGUUCGGCUGACAGUAUAUUUAGCAGAGUUCUUGACAAUAUUUCAUCAUGCACAAAGUCUUGUGCUAAUACAUACAGUCCUCAUACAUUUGAAAAGAGCUAUUUAAUGGAUCCAUGUAAAAGAGGAUGUCGUUUCUAUUCCAUCAUGGAGUUCGUUUAUUGCAACCACAACAAUCAAAAUCUCACAAAGCAAGGAUGUGUGGCAUCAUGCGAGGAGGCAUAUAAUAAGACUGAUGAAUUGGAUGCGUGUACCUAUGGUUGUAAAAGCCAGGUUCCCCAUACAGUUGAACAUCAGAGUCAGGAUGACUUCAUGGAUAUGAUGUAUCCACUGAUGUAUGUACACAGUAUUUAUUCCAACAUGCUGGAUAAGAUGUACUCUGGUAUGUCAGCCAGCUGGUCUUUCUAUGCCAACAAUCAGAGAAUCAUUAUCAUUAAGUCACAGCCGCAGUUCUUUGCUCAGAUAGACAGCACAGACGAUGAAUACAACACAGCUAACUACUUUGAAACCAACUUAGAUUCUGUUGAUGGAUCAGCUACCCCUGUACUGAAAAAUUCCCAGAUCUUGGGAUUUGGGGAUUCUGUGGAAAUGUCCCAAUCUCAGGAAGACAGAAACUCUAGUGAUUGGCUCUCCUGUGUGUCCAAGAAGACUGGGAUGCCUCGUCUGAUCCUGAGUCUCAUUCUGUUGUCCUGUGCUGUGAUGAUGAUCUGGCUCUGUCUAACAGCAGCAGUUACUUCCCCUGAACACAGAGUCAAACAAGACUAUAAGAAGCUAAGCAUUAAUGGUGAUUUAGAAUAUCUGAGAGAGCAAGAAGCAAUGGGAGUGAGACUGCUCUUUCCACAAGAGAAACUGGAGGGGGACCCCCUUCCUAUCAAGAUUAAAGUCCAGAAAUUGUAAAGAGGGUCACAGAAAACUCACAUAGAUGGUUUGGUACUAGCGUAACAAUUCAGACUAUGUGUUUACAUUAUUGUUCACCAGCUCAUUAUGGCUUCAAAUUGCGUGUUAAGCUGUGAUAUAAUAACUUAGAAAUCUGUGAAAUCCAAAGUAAACAUAGAUUUGAAUUUCUUGAGGUGAACUAAUCAUUUUGAAUAAAUUGGUAUGGGUUGCAUGUAACACUGUAUUAUACACUUUGAAGUGGUAAUGUUGGUAGUUCUAUUUUUGUUGUUUGUCUUUGAAACACUACCAAUGUACAACUGUGGUUUAAUCUUGCUACAAAGGAUAAUGAAGAUUUUAUAUUGUGUGUACUUCUCCACAGCAGAGGGUAAAUGUGUACAAUAGAGACAACUCUUAGAGUCUUGUAGGGAAGUGGCAUACUUCAUAAGUAGCAGAGCAUGUAGUCAGGAUAUUCUGAUUGUUUGUAAGGGCAUGCAGUUGUUUAGUCGACGUGUGUAAAUUUCAUUUGUCUCAAUAUUUCAGUUAAGUCUUGUUUUACAUUCCUUAAGCUUUUCCCCUGUUUAGUUUAUCGUACAUGUAGAUUUAUUCUCUGCAAAAACAAGGCACCUCAGUUGUUAGAUAUUCACUUUGGCACUGUAGUUUCAAUCAGCCAUGUUAUUCUUUUUUUAAUUGUUUGUAAUGUAGUGUACUACAAGUGGUAUUCAAUUGUUUAAUUUGAAUUUUAUAACAAAUUGUCACUCUUAUGUUUUAUUGUUUCAAACUUCAGAUGAUAAAAUCUUGUAUUUAGGGAGAAUAUGCAUAUUACAUCCUAGUUCAUUAAAAGGCACUUGUAUACUUUACAUGUACAUGUAGUUCCAUAUAUCAGACAUAUGCAUUUAUGUAUAUAUUGGAGACAAGUGUCUGACCCAAUGUUAGUGUUGAUGUAAAGUUAAAGGAUUUUACAUUUUAUCACAUUUCAUCAUAUUUGUAAUAGGAUUUAUAUAAGGAGGACCUGCAUUUCAAGUUCAAACUAACCAUCAUUCUAAUCUAAUAGAUAAAAAUAAGUUCAAAGUAUGCUAUGGAGACUUUCUUUGGACAUGUUUUAGUCAUGUCAUGAGAGAUAUAUUAUAUACAGAGUUAUUUCCACUCCAUGUUAUUCACCCUCUACACUUACAGAUUUUACACCCCAUUUUAAAUUCACCCAGACACAGCUGUUAAGAGAGAGAUAAGAAAAAACCCGGUUUUGCCCAGUCUUAAAUUCACAAACUUAUAACGAGGAUGAAAGAUGGAGAGAAUGUUUCUCUGUAUAUAAUAUUCAAAAUUAGUGAUGAAAUGAUUCGCAGUCAAAAUUAUUUUAUGUAAACCAAAAGAAACUCCAUCUUAGUCACAAGGUAUUUUGUGCUAUUUUGACAUGUAUGAAACACCUAAUGUUGGGUCAGAUAUCUUUAAUUAUCAACACUACAUGGUGUUUAUGGAGAAACACUCACAAGUUCUACCAUGUGUGGGAAAAAACGGGCUAAUUCAAAUUAUAUGUGUAAUGUGGGGAGAUUGACACUUGUAAAUUAUGUACAGUUUUGUAAAACCAUGAAUGUUAUUGUGCUUCGGUAGCUUGCUGGCAAACUUUCCUCUAGUGAUCUUAUUCAGGUACCAUCUAAUUAGAUUGAUUCAGGUACCAAGACAGAAAAAGAAUAACGGGGGUUUUCAUUCUAGUCAGCGUAUCAAUUACGUAUGAUUUAAGACGAGGGCUGUAUCGUGCAGUUUCUAUUUGAUUUAAAAUGUUCAUGUUGAGAGUUCUGGUACAUUCAAUUAAUUAAUUCAGCUAAUAUCAUUGAUACUAGUUAUUCACGUAAACUGAUACAAUGUGUUUAUGAUACUAGCUAACAAUAUCAAUAGGGUUUUCUAGUUGGGGAGAUUUGCUAUAAUUGUUUUCAGUUUUUAAGAAAACCUUGUAUUCUUUAUUGAUCUGUUUGUAUGCUUAUAGUAAUAAUGUGCUAUAUGUGGUUUGACACGAAUAUCAAAUACUGUAUUCUAUACUAGGAGAUAGGUCAAUGCUGACUUAACACCAUAUCAUUACUGUAUUUUAAAUGUGGAAAUUUUUGUGUACAACUUAACUUUGUAUACUGUACUAUUAUUUGUAAGAUAAUAAAAGACAGGUAGCAGGUUAAAAAAGUGGAAUUUUCUCUGUGGUAAUCAGAAUGAUCCUCACUGAUAAAAGAGUAGUGUUGUUAAAAAAGUGGAAUUUUCUCUGUGGUAAUCAGAAUGAUCCUCACUGAUAAAAGAGCAGUGUUGUUAAAAGUGGAAUUUUCUCUGUGGUAAUCAGAAUGAUCCUCACUGAUAAAAGAGCAGUGUUGUUAAAAAAAGAUACAUAUGUACUAGUAUAUUGACAUUAUGUGCACCAAUCUUGGGUGCAUAUACAUCAUGGGUGAAUUUUUUCUGCAUUUUAAAACUUGCUGUGUGAUUUUCGGUUUUGCUGUGAAGAUGCAUGCAAGUUGAAAGAUUAACUAAUUAAUCUAAACAAGCUGCCUUGAUGUAAAGUCUACAGAUUCAUUAGUAUUGGAUGGUUACAUUUAGACAGGCGAUUUCUGUAAAAUAAGACAUAUCCAAUGUAAAAAAAAAAAUAUGGACAUUUUUCACGUCUAGAUUUAUUUUUAUGGUGUAAAAUUGUAUAACUUGGGUCGACAAUAAAUAUAUGGUGUUGGUA